AGAUUAGCCAAUCCUGAACAUCUAGGCGGCCUCGGGUCACACCCCCGGAUGUACGUCACUCCGCGGCCGUUGCACAGAGUCUGCGGCACUUGGGCGCGCGAGAUUUCAAAUCGGCCCGUGGGAAGGAGCAGGAUUGAAUUCGAUGGGACAAGUCGAUCUGGAUAAGGAAACUGAGACUUAGAGAGGUAUGAAGUGACCUGCCCAAUUACUAAGUGGUAAAGCCAGAACCUUAUUUCAAGUCCAGUGCUUUUUGCAUUACCCAUGGUGAUUUGGACAAGGGACAAAUGAUUGCAGUCACAAUGAGCAGUGGAGGGCUUGAGACUGUGGGCCGCUCCAGCAGCAUUUCAUCACCUGAGACUGUGUUCCUGACCCCCACAUCCAAACAGCCACCUUUAAAUAUUUCUGGUACCCCUGUCCUUGAAGACUGCCCUCAGAACGACGAUGAGCGGGAGAGAAGGCAAAGACGGCGCUCCAGAGUUGUUGACCUACAGCUUAGUAACACAGAUUCACCACAUUCAGUGGCGUCCCCUUCUAGGAAACCUGAUACUCCAUCAAUACUGGUCCCCAAAUUUACAAAUACACAGAUUGCAGAUCAUUAUUCCACCUGCAUCAAGCUGUCAACUGAAAAUAAAAUUACCACCAAGAAUGCUUUUGGUCUGCACUUGAUUGAUUUUAUGACCGAAAUUCUCCAAGAAAAAGACUCUGAAGUGACCAACUUUAAGGUAGCUGCUGGUACCCUGGAUGCCAGCACUAAAAUCUAUGCUGUCCGAGUAGAUGCUGUCCAUGCUGAUGUGUACAGAGUGCUUGGUGGACUAGGCAAAAGUGCUCCUUCUGCAGAAGGAGCAGACAGUCAGGAGGCAGAUGGAGGCCCUGCUGCACCAGGGACCAUCAAAAAAGUCCAGAAACCUAAGAAGAAGCACCAGGGUAAAACUAUUGAACAGAAUCUAAACAACAUCAAUGUCUCGGAGGCAGAUCGAAAAUAUGAGAUUGACCCCAUGUUUCAGAAGACGGCUGCCUCAUUUGAUGAGUGUAGCACUGCGGGAGUAUUUCUCUCUAGUCUCCACUGCUCUGACUACAGGAGUGAACUCCUCUUUCAUUCUGACGUCCGGCCUCUCUCCACUGCAGAGCCUCUCGAGUUCCCAGCUUUGGGGUCGGUGGAAGUAGCAGAUUUAAAAAGUGCCCUGCUGCAGUGUGUGGAGGAGCGCCAGAUUUGCCCUUCGCUGGCCGAGUUCCAGUUUUCUAAGUGGGACAAUGAUGCUCUUACUGAGUCUUUGUCAGUUCUGGUGGACAAGUUUAAGAAGAGUGAUCAAGUAUUUGACAUUAAUUCUGAGAUUGAAGAUAGUGAUAAUGAGGAGUGUGCUGGUGUACCUGUGGAAGAUGACUUUGAUGCAGACAUUCAUGAUCAAACAGCAGGAGGGGAUCGUGAGUUCAGAAGUUGCCAGAAGUCUUCUGAAUUCCAAAAUUCCAGGCAAGAGGUGAUUUCCCUUGGAGAUGGAGACAUUGGGACCAUGUGCCUCCACUUAUCCAUGAAGCCUGGAGAAUAUUCCUAUUUCAGUCCCAGAACCAUGUCUAUGUGGGCUGGUCCUGACCACUGGCGCUUCAAACCCCAUCGCAAACAAGAUCCUAAUUCUCAACAAGAGAAGAAAAAGAAGACUACAAAGAAAGUAUUUGAAAUCAACUUUGAGGAAGAGAUGGACUUUAACGCACAUUUCCGAAAAACUAGGGCUGCUACCACACUGGCCAAGUCAACUCUGGACAACCAGAGUAAGAAAGCUACCACCCUUCCAUCUGAUUUCCACUAUGAAAUAGAGAACAUCGUCCAGUUGAACCUGAAACCAGGGAACAAGUUAAGAAAGAUGGCUUCACAGAGUGCUUCGUCGGAACAGGACGAUGAGAUUGAAGAGUAUGAUUACAACAAUCCUAAUGAUACUUCUGAAUUUUGCCCUGCAGUCCCGGCUGCUGACAGUGAUGAUGAUGAUGGCCCUGAUGGAUUAUUUGUGGGAGCAAAUGGUACCCAAUUUGAUUUUACAAUUAAUCCCAACAUCGGAUUUGGAAAUUCACAGGAUAAUGAAAAUGAUGCUGAUGAAAAUGGAUUGGAUAAUCCGAUAUAUGGGGAGUUAAAGUUAGUAGCUGAGCCACAGAAGGUGAAUAAAAUUGAAAUUCAUUAUGCCAAGACUGCCAAAAAGAUGGACAUGAAAAGGUUAAAGCAAAGCAUGUGGAAUCUGCUGACUGAUGGCCAGGAGAAAGAAGCAGUUGCAGAGAAUGAAACUGAGCCAAAAGGGAACUUGAACAUGGUACCAGAUGAGAAGAUUUUCAGUGAUCUCACAAAGGACCUUCUAAAGAACCUGCCUCCUCUGAUGGCUCAGAACCUUUCCGUACCUUUGGCAUUUGCCUGUCUUUUACAUUUAGCUAAUGAAAAGAAUUUGACCUUAAAAGUAGUGGAAGACCUUUCUGAUGUUCUUGUUGUGCAAGGGAAUUGAUCCUUCACUGCAGAGAGAUCAAAAGGAGGCCCUUGUCUUGCUGUGCUGCAAGGAACCAGAAGUGAUUCUCUGCCCUGGUGACAGAUGUUGUGGACCACGUUUGGUGAUGAGUUCUCAGCAAACAGCUGUGGUACACAUUUGGAUGGCCCCUAACUCAGGUGCAAUGAUUCUUCUUUGCUGUGGUAAUUGGCACCUUGAAAACACCUUCUGGGAUAAUGAAGGCCAUUUACCUUGUAUUUUUUCUACAUCUCCCAGAUAGGAGAAGAGAGGUCAGGGAGGAAAGUGCUAUUUUGGAUUAUACAAUCUCAUGGCUAUUCUGACUGGUUGCUUCUAAGCUGUGUUACUCGUUAUUUUAUCAUUUACUGUGUGAUUUUCAAACAAAUUACAAUUGGAAAUAAUUCUUCAUUGGAUUGUUAUUUGAUAAUUCUGUACAUAAGAACUUUUAAAAACUUUUAGAUACUCUCCCUAUAUAUGUAUGUAUAAAUAAUUUUAUGAAAUAAAAGGAAUAUUCAG